GUCAGGUUAGAAAGAUGCAAGCGCACCUGAAAUUGUAUGUAACCAGUCUUGUGCUUAAAGUUAGCAUGUGUGCGUGCGCGCAGGUGUGUGUUUUCGUUCCCGGCAGCCCGAGAGGUUUUUAGGUUCAGACGGACGAUUGCGGUUUAGCCAGGUUCAAAUAUGUGGAUAGCUUCGAAGCUUUCAAGCUUCCAAGGUUAUAGCGUAGGGUGAUGCGCAUGAGUGAUGUGAGUGCCCAGGUGCAAUACAGUCGGAAACUGUACAGAGUACUGUAUCGUCGCACUCACACACACGCGCAACGCUAUCACACACACCGACCGCUGUAUGCAUGCCGCAUGCGACCCGACGUGCUGAUGAUGAACCGAAGCUACUGGCGACUGCACAGCUCGAGCAGAAGCUGCAUGACUGUCAUCUCCAUCUCUUUCUCCCGCAGCCUAGCUGGUUGGGCUUCUUUCUCCUCUCCACUAUUUCAUUGGCCUUUUUUCACCGCAUCUCUUGCUUGACCACUGCUAACCCCCUCCCCGGUCCAUCUCCGGUUCCAUGGCGCAUGUUCGUGACGUUUGGUCCAAGCUGGAUGUGUGGCUUGCAUGAUAUUGGUGGAUCUCUUGAGACAACCGUUGAUCGUUUUCCAACUGUCAAGGAUUAUGGAUCUAAUGAUGAAAUUCCAUCUGAAACAUCUGUCUGUGGAGUUCCAACCAGUUUGGUGUCUAGUGGACCUGCGUGUUGGUGGCAACUCAAAUCCGUCCAAGAGACAAUGGACAGCACCGGACCAGGCGAGCAAUGCCCUGAUUACUAGAUGACGAUGUCGUACUGUGGCCGCAGUUCAUUCAUUCUUGCGUGAUGUGACUACCAUGCGCAUGUUCGCUGUCAUCAUUCCAGCCAUGGUGCGAAUUGGCC